GUCAUCACUAAUCAGAUGCUUUUGCAUCGGUGCAAUAGAGUAUUUAUUUUUGUUAAACAAUAAAUUCAAGUAUGGAGAAAACUGAAGCAGUCACAAUACCCAACAUUGAUGCAUAUCGCCGAUUACUCAAUAAAGCAGUGUCUCAACUGCUGCUCGACAAAGGAGCCGCCACAGCCAGUAAUCAAUGCCUCGAGACGCUCACGCAAAUGAUGCAGGCGCUGAUAGUCGAGGUGGGGAAUUCAUCACACAAUUACUGUGAACUGGCUGGACGAACCAUGCCCACAGUAGGCGACGUCAGCAUUGCGCUAAUCAACAUGGGCAUCAACAUCAGCAGCUUGGAACCGUAUACCCGACGCGUAAAUCAUGUGUCAAUUCCACUACCAUCACAGCAGACCCAACAGCGUCAACUGAGUUUGCUGCAGGCUGGCAGCAAGGCUGCCCAUCCGCAUUACGUGCCCAGUUAUUUCCCAGCGAUGCCCGAUCCUCAUGCUUACAUUAGGACGCCAACGCAUAAACAGCCUGUUACGGAAUACGAGGCAAUUCGCGAGAAGGCCGCUAGCCAGAAGCGGGAUGUGGAGAAGGCGUUAACCAAGUUUCUGUGCAAAACAUCUGAAACGGUCAAUCUCUUUCCCACCGAGGAUAAUAUGUUUCCACUGAUUGCCUGCAGACCAAGAUUUCCGCCCUAUCUCGCUGCUCUGAAUCCCACAGAUCAAGUAUUUGACUUUGAGGAGCUGGAGUACCACUACUUAGUGGCCAAUCGGACAGAGGAUGCGCCCAGCAAAGAGGAUGGUGAGGAAGGUGACAGCGAGAAUGAGGACGAUGGCGACAAGUCCAAGGAGGAAAAGCUCGAGCUAGAGAUUAAGCCCAAUUCGACGACGAACAAAGCGAUCUUGGAAAAUCCCAACAUUGACAAUCCCUAUCUACGAGCUGCAACAUUGCCCAAGCGAGCGAAACUGAAUCCCGAAAGCGGAGCCGACACACGGAAUAUAAUGCCUGCUCGGCAACAGACUCCAACUGCAUCGACAGCAUCAACUACACCGACACCCGCUCCAACUCCAACACCCUCGAUUUUAGAGAUUACGAAAGCGUAAUGUUCAUAAAUUUCAAUUGUAUUUUAGGUAGUCUCGUAAGCAAAAUUUUAUUUUUUGAAUAAAUGUAUCGAUAACAA